CAAGGGAGGGAAGCAGCCUCACCUUACAUUGCAGGAAAGCUUUUAUUUCUAAGGGUGGAAUUGCCUUCCCCUCUCCCCUCUCUUAUCUCUCUUUCUUCGCCAGGUGCCUAGUCCUCUGGCAUUUAGCAAUGCAUUUCUUUGAUUCAGGGGCAUGUGUAAUCAUAUCCUUUUGAUUUAGGAGCAUGAGUAAACAUAUCCUCUUGGUUUGGGGAGAUGUGUUUACACAUACCUUUGGGGUACAUGAAAACCUGGAGUCCUGUUGGGUGGUAUUGGUGACAAACAGGAUGGGUUCCCCCUUCUCUGUUUUUUAACAACAUAUCUCUUUGAUUUAGAGGUAUGUGUAAGCAAGGAGUCCUGCUAGGCAGCUGUCAGGGGUCUUGACCCAAGUAGGAGCCUCAGCAAUGGGCUUUCUAACAGGAGCUAAAUUUCUCCUCCUGCUCAUUUCUAUCUAUCUACCUACUCUAUCAAAGAGAAUUCAGAAGUGAGCCACACAACGAUGGUGCUUGAGCGGGAACAAGGCAGAAGUGGGCUCUCUCGGCUGCCUGGUGAGUGACGGGCCGGGCUGGUGACCAACUUCCCAGGCUCGGUCCCUGAUGGGGGACUGAGGACUAUCCACUCACUGCCAGCAGAAAGAACCCGAGCCGUUACCCACACACACUUCUGGAAGCGCAGGUCGGAUGCGCGACCCGCAAGAGAUGCAGCCGGAUUCCGGGACGUGCAAGCUUCGGUAACUGGAGCUGGGGAUUCGGGGAACCUGGCCGGAGCCGGGUACCGGGGGUGUUGGGGUGCCUGUGGAAAGAAGAGGGGGCCUGCUCCCGCGACCCUGGAUAACCCGGGCCUGAAGGCAGGCUGGGGCCCAGGUCGCCCCGCCGCCACCCCUGGGCCCCAUGGGGUGAGCUGGCCAGUGAGGCUGGCGGGGCGCCAAUGCCCGGGAACAGGAAGUAGUCUCCCUCGGGCGCGGCCCGGGGCAAGACGCUGCAGGUGCUGUGCUGCAGGUGUUGCACCUAGUGGCGCGGACCGACAGCCAACGCAGAGGACAGAGGGAGCGCGGGGUCGGUCGUCUUCGCGGUCCCGGGACGCCAGCCAGAGGGUCGGAGCUUGCGGCUGGGCUAGGGCCCCUCUGAAGCGCUCCAGGAUCCUGCACAUGGCACUGAUGGGGGCUUCCGACCCCUCUGGUGAGGCAGAGGCCAGCGAGAAGAACCCCUUUCUGCUUCGGGCACUGCAGAUCACACUGGUAGUCUCUCUCUACUGGGUCAUCUCCAUCUCCAUGGUGUUUCUUAACAAGUACCUGCUGGACAGCCCCUCCCUGCUGCUGGACACCCCCAUCUUCGUCACCUUCUACCAGUGCCUGGUGACCACGCUGCUGUGCAAGGGCCUCAGCAUGCUGGCUGCCUGUUGCCCUGGUACCAUGGACUUUCCCACCCUGCGCCUGGACCUCAAGGUAGCCCGCAGCAUCUUGCCCCUGUCGGUGGUCUUCAUUGGCAUGAUCACCUUCAAUAACCUCUGCCUGAAGUACGUGGGUGUGGCCUUCUACAACGUGGGCCGCUCUCUCACCACCGUCUUCAAUGUGCUGCUCUCCUACCUGCUGCUUAAGCAGACCACCUCCUUCUACGCCUUGCUCACCUGCAGCAUCAUCAUCGGUGGCUUCUGGCUUGGUGUGGACCAGGAGGAGGCAGAAGGUACCCUGUCCUGGACAGGCACCCUCUUUGGCGUACUAGCCAGCCUCUGCGUCUCGCUCAACGCCAUCUACACCAAGAAGGUGCUCCCAGCGGUGGACGGCAGCAUCUGGCGCCUGACCUUCUACAACAACGUCAAUGCCUGCGUCCUCUUCCUGCCGCUUCUCCUGCUGCUGGGGGAGCUGCAGGCCCUUCGCCACUUUGCCCACCUGGGCAGUGGCCACUUCUGGGGCAUGAUGACGCUGGGGGGCCUGUUUGGCUUUGCCAUCGGCUACGUGACAGGACUGCAGAUCAAGUUCACCAGUCCCCUGACCCACAACGUGUCCGGCACGGCCAAGUCCUGUGCCCAGACGGUGCUGGCCAUCCUCUACUAUGAGGAGACCAAGAGCUUUCUCUGGUGGACAAGCAACAUGAUGGUGCUGGGAGGCUCUUCCGCCUACACCUGGGUCAGGGGCUGGGAGAUGAAGAAGGUUCAGGAGGAGCCCAGCCCCAAAGAGGAUGAGAAGAGCAGCUUGAGCGUGUGAGCUCCUGCGGGGACCCUGGGAGGGCCCCGCCUGGCCCGGCGAAAAUGCCCAUGAACGCAGUGAAGGCGUCUCUCUGGACCCGGAGAGGGUGGCCUGGAGGGGGUAUUGUUUACAGACCUGAUGGGAAUCUGGUGGCUGAAAUGGAACCAGUGUUUUUAAGCAAUGUUGGAAAGUUGCCAA